AUGACGAUGUGUGACAAUUGGAAAGAAGAAGAAGAGAGAAAAAAAGAAGCUGAAGACAAGUUUACGAUAGAGUCAACGCGACAGUCUAUAUUCGAUCGAUCGUCUGAUAUUGAUAUUAACGACAUGCAGAACAUGAAGAGCUAUUUUUCUUCGUGGAAGCCGUUUUGGAAAUCAUCGAGCAAUUCUUGUCAUUCGCGAACGUUAACAUUAGCACCAUCAAAUAUUAAUUUUACAAGUUCCAGUCUGGGUGAUUUAAAACAUUCAGUCAUCGAUGAAAAAUUAAUGAUCGACAUAUCGACGAAAUUAAUGGAAAGUGAUUGUCCGCCAAAGUUACAAAUCUGUGCACAUAAUAAUCAAUGGUUUGCAUUGAAUAACAGUCAUCUGCUUGUAUAUCGACAAUUAGAACGUAUUGGACUCUGUGAUACUGUUGUUUGUGACAUUAUUCGAAGUCAGGAUGUUCCAGUUGGUAUCCGACAAACGCUAAUACCUGUUACUACAGUUGAGCAUGAACAACAUCAUUGUUUCCAACAUUCGCGAACACGUCACAACGAUCAGUAUAUGCUUAUGGACGAAGAAGGUAUUCAAAGUCAAGAUGAAAUCUUAUAUUGUGCUGAUACCCAGAUUGAUUCGUGUGGUUAUUUCGAAGGAGAAGAUCAGUGCGAUUGCAGUGUUGUAGCAUAUGGCGAAAGUGAUCACGAAGAAGAAUCCGAAGAUGAACAACCCGAUGAUAGUUUUGGUGAAUGGCAGACAAGUCCAUCGAUACCUCCGACACAACUGAGUAUCAUCAGUGAUAAUCGAUUAGACGAGCCCGAUAAUGAUGACGAUGUUGAAGAUAAUCAGAAGGAGAUGCAGAGUCUUUUGUAA